CUCGAAGUCCAAAAGCCAAGCAUGAAGGACUCGGUAGUAGCCCUCCACUGGUUCCGCAAAGGACUCCGCCUUCACGACAACCCAGCACUGCACGCUGCUGUUGAUGCUGGAGCCAAACGGAUAUAUCCCGUGUACGUCCUUGAGCCAGCACUCGAGAAGCGAGACAUUGGCAUCAACCGCUAUACGCAUCUCCUCGAAACCCUCGUCGACCUUGACGCGAGUCUUCGACGUGAGAACUCUCGGCUCUUUGUCGUACAGGGCGACGAUACGGUCGAUCAGCUUGAACAAGCGUUCAAACGGUGGGACAUCAAUCUCUUGACGUUCGAGUUCGAUUCAGAGCCAGCGUCGAUGGCUCUCGGUGCCAAAGUGACUGAUCUGGCUCGCACAAUGAACAUCCACGUCGUAACGAAGUGCGGCCACACGCUGUUCCACCCAGAGGAGUACAUCGCCGCCAGCACCCGACACCGCCUCUCAUUCCACACAUACGGUGCGUUUUGCUCUCUUUUUCGAGCCAUGGGGCCCAUGCGAGAGCCCUUACCCGUCCCGUCCUUGCCUGCUGCUACCUUCGACGACGACAAUGCCUACACCGUGCCGACACUGAGGGAGCUGACGUACCCUCCACGAACGGCGCCUCUGCUGUAUCCCGGUGGGGAAUCGCAUGCAUUAACUCGACUCAACGACCAAAUCGUGCAACGAGCCAAGUGGGUGGAGCACUUUGAAAAGCCCAAGACGAGUCCGAACGCGCUGACCCCGUCCACGACUGUGCUGUCGCCGUACUUGAGUCACGGGUCUCUCUCGGUGGCCCUUCUGUUCCAGCGCCUAGAAGCCAUCUCGAAGGCCGCCGUAAAGCCGACACUGCCGCCCGUGUCCCUAACUGGCCAAGUGCUGUGGCGCGAGUUCUUCUACUUGCAAGGUGCCACGAUUCCGAACUUCGACUCCAUGGAGGGCAAUCCAGUGAUCCGCCAAAUUCCGUGGGAAAGAGAUGUGUCGGUCAUUUCCAAGUGGCGGAAUGGCCAGACAGGGUUCCCAUUCAUCGAUGCCAUCAUGCGGCAGCUAAAGGCCGAAGGGUGGAUCCACCACCUGGCUCGGCACGCCGCCGCCUGCUUCCUCACGCGCGGCGACCUCUGGCAGCAUUGGGAGGAAGGCGCCAAGGUGUUUGAGCUGUACUUGGUGGACUUUGACUGGUCUCUGAACAACGGCAACUGGCAGUGGCUGUCGUGCUCGCACUUUUACUUCCAGUACUUCAAAUGCUACUCCCCAGUGGCGUUUGGGAAAAAGACAGACCCCCAAGGCCUGUACAUCAAGCGAUGGGUGCCGGAGCUACGGCACUUUCCUCAAAAGUACAUUUACGAGCCGUGGAAAGCCCCGAGGGAAGCUCAAACGAUGUACCAGUGCUGGAUAGGCAGGGAUUACCCCACCCCGAUGAUAGAGGACCACGCUGCAGUCUCCAAGCAAAACAUGGCCAAAAUCAAAGUCGCUUACGCCAAGCAAGCGGGAGUGACCUCUGUGAAGAAACGAAAAGCCGACAUUUAACGUGUCCAGUACUAGUACUACAGUUCGGACAUGGUUAUUGGUGAAACGACAUGAACUUGAAAGGUGAUUAGACAACGUAUAAUUGAAGCAUUGGAUGCUUGGUCGAUCCCGAUGUCGUUCAGUAACAUAUCAG